AUGUUCCUCGACAUCGGAUUCAAGCUACCAAAAGGCACCAUUUUCGUCGACAUGAUCAAGGUACUAGAGUACCAGUCUAGAUUUCGAGACAUGCCUCUAAAAGUCAAACGCUACAUCAACAGUUGCCUGGAAGUUGAAAUGCGCGACGGGAUACGCUUUGAAGAGAGACUAGAUGCAAGCGACAGUGGCGCACUUGCGUCCGACUUCGAUAAACACGCGCCAAAAUAUGGCCAAACCAACGAGUGGCGUGAGAUCAUCCGUAAGAAAGAAGAUCUAUCGGCUGGCAUCUUGUUGAAGAUUCUUGGGCCCGAGGCUGAAGCCCACCGGCGGCAGAUCAGAAAGAUGGAGAAGAUACUCACACUAGAGAGGGAUGCGCGCUGGGAAAUUGACGAGGCAAAAGAGGACUACCAGAAGCAGCUUGCUAUGCUACGCCAACAGACGAUUGAGUAG